AUGGUGAUGGUUUUCGGUGAGAUCACCACCAAAGCUACCGUGGACUACGAAAAGAUCGUCCGUGACACAUGCAGAGAGAUCGGAUUCACUUCCGCUGAUGUCGGUCUUGAUGCUGACAACUGCAAGGUGUUGGUCAACAUCGAGCAACAAAGCCCCGACAUUGCCCAAGGUGUCCACGGUCAUCUCACCAAGAAGCCAGAAGACAUUGGUGCUGGUGACCAAGGUCACAUGUUUGGGUACGCCACCGAUGAAACCCCAGAGCUCAUGCCACUCACCCAUGUCCUUGCAACCAAGCUUGGUGCUAAGCUGACCGAGGUCAGAAAGAACAACACCUGCCCAUGGCUCAGACCCGAUGGCAAGACCCAGGUCACUGUUGAGUACCAUAACGACAACGGUGCCAUGGUCCCAACCAGGGUUCACACUGUGUUGAUCUCAACUCAACAUGAUGAGACUGUUACAAACGACCAGAUUGCUGCUGAUCUUAAGGAGCAUGUGAUCAAGCCUGUGAUCCCGGCUCAGUAUCUUGAUGACAACACCAUCUUUCACUUGAACCCGUCUGGGAGGUUUGUGAUUGGUGGACCCCAUGGAGAUGCUGGUUUGACCGGGAGGAAGAUUAUUAUUGAUACAUACGGAGGAUGGGGGGCUCAUGGAGGUGGUGCUUUCUCAGGGAAAGAUCCAACUAAGGUGGACAGAAGUGGUGCUUAUAUUGUUAGGCAAGCAGCUAAGAGUAUUGUGGCUUCGGGACUUGCACGUAGGUGCAUUGUGCAGGUGUCUUAUGCUAUUGGUGUGGCUGAACCUCUUUCAGUGUUUGUGGACACUUACAAGACUGGGACUAUUCCGGAUAAGGAUAUUCUUGUUUUGAUCAAGGAGAACUUUGACUUCAGGCCAGGGAUGAUGGCUAUCAACCUUGAUUUGAAGAGAGGUGGAAACUUUAGGUACCAGAAGACUGCUGCUUAUGGACAUUUUGGUCGUGAGGAUCCUGACUUCACCUGGGAGACUGUUAAGGUUCUUAAGCCUAAAGCUUGA